AUGAAUAACAGUGCUAGAGCAUUUACGGCUCCUGGAAAAGCAUUUUUGGCGGGUGGAUACCUCGUAUUAGAACCAAUAUACAAUGCCUAUGUGACAGCGCUUUCUUCAAGAAUGCAUGCGAUUGUUAAAAAUAGGGAUUCAGAUGAACCAUCGUCAACCAUUACUAUAAGCUCCCCCCAAUUCCAAGAGGGUGAAUGGAAAUACGAAGUAGAUAAUGGAAAUUUGGUAAAGAUUCCUACAGAAGUGAACCAACGCAAUAAUCCGUUUUUAGAGGCUACGGUUUUUACUGUUUUGUCCUAUAUUCAGCCAAAGGAAAGAUUCAAUCUUGAAAUAACCAUUUUUUCAGACCCAGGCUAUCAUUCACAAGAUGACACGACGACUAGAUUAUCGGUCAAUAAGGCAAAAAAAUUCUUGUACCAUUCAAAACCAAUUAAUGACGUGGCUAAGACUGGAUUAGGCUCUUCCGCUGGGUUGGUAGCAGUAGUAACCACCGCAUUGAUAUCUGCUUUUAAAGACGGUAGUAUAAGUGAUUUACAAAAUAUAAUCCACAAUUGCUCGCAAAUAGCCCACUGCUAUGCACAGAAGAAAAUUGGGUCUGGAUUUGAUGUUGCUACAGCAGUCUAUGGGUCGAUUAUAUAUCGGAGAUUCGAUCCCGGCUUAAUAAAUGAAUUGUUUCAACACCGAUUUUUCAGCUCUCAGAACGAUGAACAAUUGAAACAGAGCUACUCUACCGCCUUAGUCAACUUAGUGGAGUCCAAAUGGGAAUUCAAUAACACCAGAUGCACCUUACCUCCAGGCAUAAGACUAUUAAUGGGUGAUAUCAAGGGUGGGUCCGAAACACCCAAGUUGGUAUCCAGAGUGUUGAAGUGGAAGAGUGAGAAUGUUCUGCAGAGCUCUGAAUUAUACGAACGUCUAAACCAAGCGAAUCUCGACUUCAUUGAUGCAUUAUCCAGUUUGCAUCGCUUCUAUGUUGAAACACCAGCAACUUACAAAGAAUUUCUCGCCUAUUUACAGUCUACAAGUGUCGUUGCACUUGAAUCCAAUUUGCAGCAAACGGACCCCAAAUUGGCCCCAUUCGUCAAUUUGAUCGAGGCCAUCAAAAAUAUAAGAUCGAAUUUGAGAGAUCUAACCGCCUACUCGGGUGCAGAAAUAGAACCCCAAUCCCAGACCAUUCUUUUGGAUAACUGUAACGAGAUUAAAGGAUGUCUUGGUGGCAUGGUUCCAGGUGCAGGGGGCUAUGAUGCUAUAUGCCUAUUGGUCAUCGAAGAUUCAAUCAAUGAAUUUGUGGAUUCAACCAAACAAGACAAUAAGUUCGACAAUGUCGUAUGGUUGAAUUUGCACGAAGAAGAUGAUGGUAUUGUAGAAGAGCAAGUAAAUGACUAUAGUGGCUUAUUAUAG